AUGGCCGGGAUCUGUCCACGAUUCUACUAUAUUUGACAGCUCAUUGUUAAGAGCUCAAGUUGAAAGUAAUGAGUUUAAUAACUCCUUACUUGUCGGUGACGGAGGUUAUGCAUGCCGUAACUAUUUAAUGACACCCUUGGCCAAUCCAAUUACUGAUGCGGAAGUACGAUAUCAGAGAGCUCAAAUUGGCACAAGGAAUGUGAUUGAACGAACAUUUGGAGUGUGGAAACGGAGAUUUCCGGUGUUAUCUGUUGGUAUACGGACCCAAGUACAAACUACUCUAGCCACAAUUAUGGCUACAGCAGUUUUGCAUAACAUGUUGAUAAAUGCAAAUGACCCUUUACCAAUAAAUGAAACCCUAAUUAAUGAAGAUGUACUUCAAGAAGUUCCAGUCUUGCUUAUUCGACAAACAGGGAAUGCUGUGCGAAAAAAUUUAAUUGAAACGGUUUUCAGAUAA